AAUUGCAACUUACUCUGCUCUCUCUCUCUAGAAAGCAAACUGAAACUUUUCUUCCUUUCUGCUUUUUCUCUCUCUAGAAACUUUGGGAAAGGGAAGCUGUGAGUGAGCCCUCUUCUGCCAGUGCCAAUGCCUUCAUCUUCAUAUGCAUCUCAGUGCAGCUUCCACCUUCACUCAUCACAGCCUCAGCUCCACACUCUCAGAAGCAGCUGCUUCGAGUCGCCCAUUUGAACGCUGCCCAUCUCACUGAUCGAUCGUGACAGUCCACAGUCGCUGCUGCUUCUACUUCCCGGCCUCCGAUCCGCUCCGCUGCCUCCGCGAAGCAACAGCCGUCUGCGAAGUCCGCUGAUAAUCGGGGAAGAAGAUAACAAUUGAGCUCAUGAUUCUCGGGUUCUCCAUGUCUUCCGACAUAAGCUAGAGUCCCCGCGCUCGAAAAGCUGCAUUUCCGAGGGCUCGAUAGCUGAAGCCUUUGCUGCUAGUUUCGGUCUUGCGGAGUGGGAAUCCAUGGCCGAGUGUGGCUGCUGCGUCCGACCGAGCCUGUGCCGUCUGUUUGUGAUCAGUCUAGCGAGCUUGAUACUCUGUUCCGGCUUGUGAGUUCAUAUCGUAGCUGAUUGCUUUUUGAAUCUGAUUGAGAUUGAAAGAGCGAGUUAGGGUUUCUCGGUAGGGUCCUCCGGGUUAGAAAGGCAUGGGUACGGAUCUCCUGGUGCUGCCUACUGUAGGACCGCCGACAAAGCAAGGUCUGAGGAUGAAACAGGCGGGCAGAGGAUCGUAUAGAGGAAGUUAGAGACGAAUUCCGGUGUUCAAUUCGGGGUUUCAUUUGAGGGUGGUUUCAUUGACUCUGAAAGAGAUUUUCGGUAUUGGUGGUGAUUUCGUCUUUCGAGACUGGUAGAAGUUUGUCGGGAUGACUACUGGGUUGCAGCGCCUGCUGAGGAGCCUCUGUUCCGGCACAGAGUGGACAUAUGCCGUAUUUUGGAGGCUGAAGCCUCACCGUCGUAUGGUUUUGACUUGGGAUGAUGCCUACUAUGACAACUGUGGGAAGGCUGAGCUUUCAGAGGUUAAUUGCUCCACUGAGGUAGUGGACCACUUUGAGAGCCUCAGAACUUCACAAGAUCCACUUGGGUUAGCUUUGGCAAAGUUGUCAUACUAUGGUUACUCUCUUGGGGAAGGGAUUAUUGGAGAAGUAGCAGUUACAGGAAAGCAUAAGUGGAUAUCAUUUGAUGAUUAUGUUAAGAAUUCCCACUCAUCAUUUAAGUUCCAGGAUUUUGAUGCAUGGCAAGCUCAGUUUUUAGCUGGAAUUAAGACCGUCUUGAUUGUGGCUGUUCCACAUGGUGUUGUACAACUUGGUUCUUUACAAAAAAUCGAUGAGGAUAUGAAGCUGGUGACACAUAUCCGAGAUGUCUUUCACUCACUUCAAGAUGAUUCACUGCAGCAUCAGUCUAGUUGCAUGCCAUGUGGUGUGGAUAGUUUAUGGCAUAAGCCAAAUCUGUCAAUGCAAGCUUUGCUUUCAGAGGUCUGUCUAGAUAAUGAAAGCAAUCUAGAUAAAGCUCCAUAUGGGGGCCAUUCAAAUGAUUGUUCAUCAAUGCUUCCAUAUUCUGAGAAGCACAUCCGCGGCUCCACUACUUUUCGAGAAUGCAGAUUUUCUCCAAAUGCUGCCGUCGAAGGUUUCAAUGACUAUGAUGAGCCCAAGGACUCCAACCAUCAUCAAGAUUCCCAACUAGUUGAAGCAAUAUCUAAUAUUGUGAAUUUGGAAAAUCACAAGCAGAUAGAUGCAAAAAAAUGCAGUGGUACUACUAUUGAGGAACAAAUCGGCAGUUUGGAUCACAGAUGUUCUGUUCCAGAGUCCAAUCUUGGACCAUACCUGCAAAAAUUAGUGGCAGCAAAUUUUACUUCAUCUAAUGUUUCAAUUCCUGCUGAAGCCUUUACAGUUAAUCUUCCAUGUGUCCCUUCGGGCUUCUCAAACUCGUCUACUUGUGAUGGAUAUGGUGCUGAUGGUUUUGAUAUAGAUACUAAUCAAAGCAGAUCAUUACAAAUCUCUGAACCGUCAAAAGAGUUGCAGAAGGAUCUGGUGAAGAAAUUGGAUAUUGAAGAUGGGUUAAAUCACACAGAUAUAUCAAGCACAUCAUUGAGAUUUUCCACUAUUUCGGAGCUGCAUGAAGCACUUGGACCCGCUUUUCAGAACAAGGGCAAUCUUUCUGAUUCAGAAGAGCAUAAAUUUCAGGCUCAAUCAGUAAAGGAGCUUGAGGAGAUCCAAAGCAGUCAAUUUACAAAUGAAGUAGGUUCCGAUCAUCUUCUGGAAGCAGUAGUUGCUAAUGCAUGCCAGACUUGUUUCAAUGAUAGAAUUGAGAAAUCAUUUUCCGAGUCCGGAGAUCCCUUGAGCAUCAGGACAAUGUCUGAGCCGGCUAGCUUCUCCAAGCUAACUAUUAAUUCAGUUGCUUAUUCAAUUGAUCAGCAGUCCCAUUUGGAAGAAGAUUGUCUAAGAUCAUCUGAGAGAAGUAUUGGGAUGUCUUCUUCAGUUAUUUCAUCUGCUUAUCCAAGUUCAGGUGCUGAGCCAGUGGGGAGGUCUUUAGAGACUGCUAAGAAUAGCAGGAAAAGGUCUAGACCUGGUGAAAGUCGUAGGCCUAGGCCAAGGGACAGGCAAUUGAUCCAAGAUCGCCUGAAGGAGUUGCGGGAGCUGGUACCAAAUGGGUCAAAGUGCAGUAUUGAUUCACUACUAGAGCGGGCAAUCAAGCACAUGCUUUUUCUGGAAAGCAUUACCAAGCAUGCAGACAAGUUAAACCUAUGCUCUGAAUCGAAGCAGUUUCGUCGCAGUGAGGUGGGAAUGAUGGGAUCCUCAAAUGCUGAGCAAGGUUCAAGCUGGGCUGUGGAGGUUGGGAGCCAUCUGAAAGUUCAUUCAAUAAUGGUGGAGAAUCUUUCUAAGAAUGGGCAGCUGCUAAUAGAGAUGUUGUGUGAAGACUGCAGCCAUUUUCUAGAGAUAGCAGAAGCCAUGAGAAGUUUGGGUUUGACAAUCUUAAAAGGUGCAACUGAAGUUCACAGCGACAAGAUAUGGAUAAUUUUCAUCGUUGAGGGGCAGAACAAUACGAGCUUGCACAGAAUGGACAUCUUGUGGUCGCUCGUCCAAAUACUGCAACUCAAGGCACCAUCUGAAGCAUGAUCUCCGGCAAAUUCCUCCGGAAGCUAUCACCCUGCGCGCCCGUUGAGACUGUCUCUCUAACCUUACAAUGAUGAUGUCCGCUCUCCAAUUUAAAUCUUACCCCAUGUUGCUUGUGCUUGAACUGUGAAGCCAGCCUCUUUCCUUCCAUCCUACAAAGGUGUGUGGGUGUUGUGUCAAAUUUUUGGUGCUCUCUGCUUGUAGUUGCUCGACUGUUGUAAUAUCUUCUGUCAUGCGAUGUGAUGAAGGCUGAAAUUCCCUGGAGAUCCACCGAGAAUUAUACUAACAUCAUCAGAAAAAUCUGUCAUGCU